AUGUCGCAAGUCCACCGUGAAACAUUUGUAUACAAGACGUUGUAUUCGCAUGGCGGCGUGCAUACACCUAUCUUGCUCGACAUAUAUCUUCCUCGCAAUGUAGAUUCGAAUUCAUUUUUGCCAGACAAAAUCUUGACUCUUGGAGCCUUGGUGUACUUUCAUGGAGGGGGACUGACAGUUGGAAAUCGGAUGAGUUGGUUUCCGACUUGGCUACAAAAAAGAAUCACCGAUGCUGGACACAUUUUCAUAUCUCCCGAUUACCGACUGAUUCCUUCAGGAUCCACCACUGGUCAUGAUAUCCUAGAAGAUGUCCUUGACAUCUUCAAAUUCAUUGCCAAUCUUUCCGUCGAUAUCGCACCGGAGCAGACUGAGCAAAACCCAAGGCCCGUUCAAUAUCGCGUCGAUCCGAAGAGGAUAGCAGUUAGUGGGUCGAGCGCGGGCGCACUUUGUGCCUAUCUUGCUGCGAUGCACGCUGCUCCGAAGCCUAAAGCGGUUCUAUCUUUGUAUGGUCUGGGAGGAAACUUUCUCAUCCCGCAAUACUACACCCCCAAACAUUCUGUCUUCUUCCGUGGCCGAGAGAUGCUUAACCCAGCUUUAUUCUCUGAUUUUCUCUACCCCAAAUGUUUAUCACCCAGCUCCCAAGUGAUAACAGACUCGCUCAAUACAUACUUCCCUCCCGAUGCCCCCGCUGAUGUUGUCGCAAUACCAGGGUUGGAAACGAACACUGGCCCUCCAGGCUUUCCUUCCAAUCGCCGGAUGUUUCUAGGGAGACUAUACCUCCAACUUGGGGAAUUCCUUGAUUAUUACACUGGUGAAUACGAACCCGGCCUCAGUGUUGCUCUGCGAAAGAAGGCUGAAGACAUUAAAUUGACACGGUCCGACUCGGAUUCCUCCUCCGCGAAUGAUCUCGAAAAGAUUUUAGCAAGCAGAAUUCCUGAAAAGCACCGCAGUCUCUUUCCCAGUCUUUGCCCUCCAGACGCGUAUGCCUCAUGGCCCCCGGUAUACUUCUUCCAUGGAUCUCUCGAUAGUGCGGUGCAUGUACAGGAAAGCCAACACCUACAUAAUUUGCUCAUCAAGGCAGGUAUUCGAUCUAUACUUAACAUCGCGGAAGGAAUGGAACAUUCGUUCGAUUAUCAACCUGAUGCAGAUGUGAUACAUGCCGAGGCUUUCAAUGAAAUUGGGAGCUGGUUGGAUGAGAUUUUGAGAGAAACAUCAUGA